GGAAGAAGAAUCAUCAGAAUGAACUGCAGCAGUGCAGGAAGUCCUGCAAUCCCGAGCAUCCAUCUCCAUGUUCCAGGUGCCUUGGUGAAAGCCAAGUUGAUGAGGUAAGACAGGAACUGGCCACCGGUGAUAAGAAACCCAUUGGUACUAACGAGGGCACCACGGAUUUUGGCUGGAGAAGCUUCUGAGAUAUACAGAGGAGAAGUCAUUGAUGCCAUUCCAACACCAAGCCCGACGAAGACUCGACCAACAAUAAGAAGAGAAGGGUCAGGAGCAGAGGCCAUGACCACAGCUCCUAUGAAGAAGAGGAAAUCUGCAGUUAGUAAUGCACUUCUUCUCCCAUACUGGUCACUCAUCCACCCACCAAUUGCAGCUCCUAUGAUGGCUCCAGCAACUGCCAUGCUCACUAUGCUCUCCUGUUUAUGUACAUGGCACGACCCUCAUUAAUACAGCCUCAUUGUGGGCAACCCUUGUAUUUUGUAUUGAACUGAACUUAGUGACCUAGUCCAAAGCUUGCAUUCAAAAGCUGUGGUAAUAGACGUUUGGACUCAUG